AUGGUUGCCACUUUUCUCAUUCUCUUCAGCGCAUUGCUGGCCACAGACUCACUGAGGACGUACCGACUUGCUGUUCUGUUUAUGGGUACGCUUGACAUUGACGAUGUGCUCUGA